GCAGUAGUGCGCGAGUAGUGCGCCGCGACAGGAGCAAGUAGUAGCAGCAGUCUGUGAGUGCACCAAGUAGAUUAUACGCAUACACACACGCGCCUCUCUAUAGACGCAUCACCGCUGGACCCACGUAGCUUUGCGAUCUUUAUUGAACCAAGAGAUCGACUCAAUUUUUCCAUUUUAUUCGGUUUGAGCUUCUAUAGAUAAGCCCAGGGUUUAUUUCUCUAUAUUUUGUGCAGCGAGUAGCGCCGAGUAGAGGCUCAUAGGCAUAUACUUUGAGUGCAUUAACGGCGGGACAGACUCACUUGGAGCAUAUCAGCGGCGGAUCGUUCGCCUCGCAUCGAGACUGAACGCAAGCAUAUAUCUAUACGUGUGCAUGCGAGUGUACGCCGAGAUAUCAGACAUGAUAUAGGAUGCCAGAAGGAGGAAGGGAUCCCUGAUGUGCUUCACGCGAGCCGCUCGAAGGGGGAGAGUACACGAGGCAUUGGCAGUAGCAGCAGCAUCAACCGAAGCAGCAGCGGCAACAAACGACGAGCACGGCGCGUAUCAGUAGUAUCAGUGGCUUAACUCUCUCAGCAUAGUCUGUCAUAGGCUAAAACUGCGCAUACCACCCAAGGUGGCAUAGAUUGAGAUACAUCCUCAUAUAGCGACUACGCAGCGAGUGCGACCGAGAGAAAAAGAGAGACGACACAUCGUACGCGCUCGCAAGCAUAGGCCGAGUUACUUCCGCCACAGGAAGUGUCCCCGGAGCAUCGGCAUCGAAAGCUCGAUUCGACAAAAUAUACCCUCUGCAGUGCUCACGUACCGAUAUAUCUGUGGAUAUCAGUGUGAAAAAGUGUAUUGUUUUUUUGCUCCAUCGAUCGAAUUCGAUAAGGAGCACCGGAUCGAGUGUUACCUACAGUCAGCUGAUUACCCGCUUAUGUAAAUAUAUGUAUUGUCGUGCUAUGUAUAAGCCAACGUGUGCUUAAAUAUACCGCCGAGUAUACGAUAGCAUAAACGCUACCUGUCUGCGAGUGUACGCGCACCAAUACAUUUGCAGCCCAGCAAAUCGAGCUUGCAAGGAUAUCGUCGUCUCAUCUUAUAAGCAGCGACGAUGGAAGUGGCUACUGAACUCUCGCCACUGUCUGGCGUCGACGGCGAGAUGCGGGACCGGAGCUCGUACUACCCGCAAGCACCGCCGCGCUCCAGCAACAAAUUCACCACCUUCAUGAAGCACAACGCCCUGACGAUGCUGACCGUGGGCGGUGUCCUCUCGGGCAUCGGCCUCGGCCUCGUCGUCAAGAACUCGAGGGACGCCAAGUACAGCGAGAGAGAGAUCAUGUACAUCAACUACGUGGGCGAGCUCUUUCUCCGAAUGCUCAAGAGUUUGAUACUACCGCUCAUCAUGGCCAGUCUUAUAUCGGCCAUCGGAUCGCUCGAUUUGUCGCUCAGCAGAAAGAUCGGCGGCAGGGCCAUCAUCUACUACAUGACCACGACCAUCAGUGCCGUCAUAUUGGGUAUUAUUCUGGUGGUAACCAUUCAACCCGGCACGAGGCAAGAUCGCGAAGCCACGAGCGACAGAGCGCCCAGAAACGUCACUACCACGGACACUUUGAUGGACUUGAUUCGGAACAUGUUUCCUCCGAAUUUGGUGGAGGCAUGCAUUUAUCAGCAUCAAACGAAAAUAUCCAUGGGACCCAACAAUACUCUAGACGACAAGUAUUCGUGGAAAAUCUCCUCAUCGAUGGAACCCGGUACAAACAUCCUCGGAUUGGUAGUGUUCUCCACGGUUUUGGGAAUAACUCUUGGUAAAAUGGGAGGCGAUGGCAAGCCUUUGCUCAAGUUCUUCGAAACUCUUUCGACCGCCAUGAUGAUUAUCACGAACUGGGUCGUAUGGUUGUCACCGGUCGGUGUUCUCUUUCUCGUUGCGUCGAAAAUCGUCGAAAUGGACUCGCUCGCGGACGUGGUUCAACAAUUGGGCAUGUACUUCCUGACCGUGAUAAUCGGCUUGUGCAUUCACGGCUUCAUUAUUUUGCCGCUCAUCUACUUCCUGUUCACGAGGCGCAAUCCCUUCUCGUACAUAUCGAACAUGGCUCAAGCGAUGGCCACGGCUUUUGGUACUUCGUCGAGCUCGGCCACCCUGCCAGUGGCCAUCGCCUGCUUGGAGGAGCGAAACGGCGUCGAUCCUCGCGUCACGAGAUUCGUCAUGCCGAUCGGAGCCACCAUCAACAUGGACGGUACCGCCCUCUACGAGGCCGUUGCAGCUAUUUUCAUUGCUCAAGUUCGUCACACCUCGCUGAGCUUGGGACAGUUGGCAGCUAUAAGUAUUACGGCGACCGCAGCAAGUAUUGGAGCGGCUGGCAUUCCUCAAGCUGGUUUGGUCACUAUGGUCAUGGUGCUCGAUACCGUGGGUCUACCUUCCGGCGACAUUUCUUUGAUUCUGGCUAUCGACUGGUUGCUGGAUCGCUGCAGAACAACUGUAAACGUCGUCGGAGAUUCCUUGGGAGCUGGAAUCGUCAACUACCUGAGCAGAAAUGAGCUGGCAGCCCUGCCCCAUCACAGUGGCGGAGCUAGUGCCAAAAAUGGCGGAGGCGACAAUCGCGCGGCGGCCAUAUGAGAUGAUGGCCCCACGGAGUUGUAAUUGCCCGUAUCGAAAUUGUAAACAAAAAACAUCAACGAUCUAAUCUUUUCCAACAGCAACAACAAGCAAGAAACUAUUUCGGUACCAUCUUUUACAGCACCGUACCCCCAUCAUAAGAUAGAAAUAAUUAGCAAUGGAGCAGCAGUUAGAUAGAUACGCGUCGGUCAAUGUCAA